CCUUGCUGGCUCCCUCCUCCAGCCUCAGCCUCACCCUGGUGCAGCCAGAAUGGUUGCUCCGAAACGCAAAGAUGCCCGCAUCCCUCCUGUGCCUCGCCCCUUCAGGGGCUCUCACAAACCUCAGGAUAAGAGUUGAACAUCACCCCCAUCUGCAGAAAAUUGGCAACAUCUCUGAGGAGCCCUUGCUUUUUCCUGGGACACCCAGGAUCAUGGUUUCCUGUUUCAUGGAGUCUCUCAGUGUCCUGGGUUCCCUCUUGCUGAUUGGACUCCAGCUUGUCUGCCCGCAGCCCUCCACUGAACACAGAAAGGUCCCGCAGCGGAUGGCUGUGGCCGAGGGCGCCCCGGAGGACGGCGGCGGCGGCGCCCCGGGCGUGUGGGGCUCCUGGGGCCCCUGGUCCGCCUGCUCGCGCAGCUGCAGCGGCGGCGUGAUGGAGCAGACGCGGCCCUGCCUGCCCAGCUCGUACCGCGCACGCGGGGGCCCGCGGCCCGGAGCCCCCGCGCGCGCCUUCGCGGGCCACGUGGUGUCAGCCGUGCGCACGUCGGUGCCGCUGCACCGGAGCCGCGAGGAGACACGCGCCCCUGCCGGCCUCAACUCCAGUCGCCAGGGCCCGGCGCUGCGAGGCAGCCGGCACCCGCAGGCCCGGGGCCGCGAACCCACGGCGGAGAGAAGGAGCAGGACCCGAGGUCCCAUCGGCCCUGGCAAGUAUGGUUAUGGGAAAGCCCCGUACAUCUUACCGUUGCAGACAGAUUCUGCACACCCACCCCAGAGGCUUCGGCGGCAGAGGCCCUCAUCCCGGAAUUCCAGGUCCCAGGGGGCAUCUGGCUCUAGCCAUGGCUACCACCCUUCAGCUCACCAGGCCCCCCAGCAUGGACCUCUGUACCAGAGUGACAGUGGCCCGCAUUCUGGACUGCAAGCCUCAGAGGGCUCUGUCUACCAGCUGCCUUUGACCCAUGACCAAGGCUUCCCUGCAGCCUCCAGUCUCUUCCACAGCCAGGAAGCAAGCAGCAGCCCUGGGCUGGGGGCCCCCAGGGCAGCUCAGAGCUUCUCCCAGCCCACCAGAUCUACAGCCAUCUCCUGCAUCGGGGCCUAUCGGCAGUACAAGCUGUGCAACACGAACGUGUGUCCAGAAAGCAGUAGAAGUAUCUGGGAGGUACAGUGUGCAUCCUACAACAACAAGCCGUUCAUGGGCCGUUUUUAUGAAUGGGAACCAUUUGCAGAAGUCAAGGGCAACCGGAAGUGUGAGCUGAACUGCCAGGCGAUGGGCUACCGCUUCUAUGUGCGGCAAGCUGAGAAGGUCAUUGAUGGCACCCCCUGUGACCAGAAUGGCACGGCCAUCUGUGUGUCCGGGCAGUGCAAGAGCAUUGGCUGUGAUGACUACCUAGGCUCCGACAAAGUCGUGGACAAGUGCGGGGUGUGCGGAGGCGACAACACGGGCUGCCAGGUCGUGUCGGGUGUGUUUAAGCAUGCCCUCACCAGCCUGGGCUACCACCGCGUUGUGGAGAUUCCCCAAGGAGCCACAAAGAUCAACAUCACCGAGAUGUACAAGAGCAACAACUAUUUGGCCUUGCGAAGUCGUUCUGGCCGCUCCAUCAUCAAUGGGAACUGGGCAAUUGACCGGCCCGGAAAAUAUGAGGGCGGAGGGACCAUGUUCACAUACAAGCGUCCAAAUGAGAUUUCGAGCACUGCCGGAGAGUCCUUUUUGGCCGAAGGUCCCACUAAUGAGAUCUUGGAUGUCUAUAUGAUACACCAGCAGCCUAACCCAGGAGUCCACUACGAGUACGUUAUCAUGGGGAACAACGCCAUCAGCCCACAGGUGCCACCUCACAGGAGACCAGGGGAGCCCUUCAACGGCCAGCUGGUACCAGAAGGGAGGAGCCAGCAGGAGGGAAAAGAGAAAGAGGGGGACCAGGAGAAGGCAGACGCACACGGCGGGGCACCUGAAAUGUUCACGUCGGAAUCAGCACAGACCUUCCCGGUCAGGCAGCCAGACAGAUUCUCUCCCCACCGGGCGGACAGUGUGGUACCGCCGGCUGCACAGGCCCCUCGGCGGAGCCGGGAUCACAACUGGAAGCAGCUGGGGACCUCAGAGUGCUCGACCACCUGCGGGAAAGGAUCGCAGUACCCUAUUUUUCGCUGUGUGCACAGAAACACUCACGAAGAGGUUCCUGAGAGCUACUGUGACUCAACCAUGAAGCCGACCCCCGAGGAGGAGCCCUGCAACAUCUUCCCUUGCCCGGCCUUCUGGGACAUCGGGGAGUGGUCCGAGUGCAGCAAAACCUGCGGCCUGGGCAUGCAGCACCGGCAGGUCCUCUGCCGCCAGGUGUACGCCAACCGCAGCCUGACGGUGCAGCCCUACCGCUGCCAGCACCUGGAGAAGCCCGACACCGCCAGCACCUGCCAGCUCAAGAUCUGCAGCGAGUGGCAGAUCCGGACGGACUGGACCUCGUGUUCGGUGCCCUGUGGAGUGGGACAGAGGACCCGGGACGUGAAGUGUGUGAGCAACAUCGGGGACGUGGUCGACGACGAGGAAUGCAACAUGAAGCUCCGGCCCAAUGACAUUGAGAACUGCGACAUGGGCCCAUGUGCCAAAAGCUGGUUCCUGACUGAGUGGAGUGAGAGGUGCUCGGCGGAGUGCGGGGCUGGAGUGCGGACGCGCUCGGUGGUGUGCAUGACCAACCACGUCGGCAGCCUGCCCCUGGAGGGCUGCGGGAGCAACCGGCCAGCAGACGCCACCCCGUGUGACAACGGGCCCUGCACCGGCAAGGUGGAGUGGUUUGCGGGGAGCUGGAGCCAGUGUUCCAUCGAGUGUGGGAGCGGGACCCAGCAGAGGGAGGUGAUCUGUGUUAGGAAGAACACAGACACCUUUGAAGUGCUGGACCCCUAUGAAUGUUCCUUUCUGGAGAAACCCCCCAGCCAGCAACCCUGCCACCUCAAGCCCUGCGGGGCCAAAUGGUUUAACACAGAAUGGAGCAUGUGUUCCAAGAGCUGUCAGGGUGGUUUCCGUGUCCGGGAAGUACGCUGUCUGGCAGAUGACAUGACCCUAAGUAAUCUCUGUGACCCUCAGAUGAAACCAGAAGAAAAAGAAUCCUGUAACCCUCAGGACUGUGUCCCUGAAGUUGAUGAAAACUGCAAGGACCGGUACUACAACUGCAACGUGGUGGUCCAGGCCAGACUCUGUGUCUAUAACUACUACAAGACCGCCUGUUGCGCCUCCUGCACGCGUGUGGCCAACAGGCACUCGGGCUUCCUCGGGAGCAGAUAACAUCCCACUCCACACCCGUGGGCAGGUCCGGGAGUCUGUGAGCGGUGGGACCGGCUGGCUGCUGCCCUACUGGGGGCCCCCUGGCCUGUGGAGCUGCCAGUCAAGUUAGUCCGCACCCUGCCUUCGUAAAGUGUACACGCAGUGCCCAAGAGCAAGGCCACGGUUGUCCUUUGAGCAUCACCAUGAACUGAUGACCCCUCCUCCAGAAGCCUGGCCCCUGCGCUCUCUGCAGACCAAGCGGUGGGGAGUGCCUUCAGCUCUCAGCUGACUCCAUCCUGGCACUUUCUAAGUCAGCAGCCGGGCCCUGUCUGGGCGCUGCCUCAUCCCUGGCGCUGCAGGCCCUUCCAAUAUCAGUGCCCCAGGGAGAGUCAGAGGAGGCAGCACCCCCACCCCAGGGCCCCCCUAAGGCUUGCUAAGAUGCCUGCAUUCCUCUGUUACCUCAGCCCGGCUGUGCCUAUUUUCAUGCUCAAAGACCUUAGGCUGUUUUCCUGCCUUAUGACACAAAUAUCUCUUGCCAGUUUAGUGCUUUACUGUUUGGAAAGUAUAGUCAGAGAUAUUAGCUCAUUAUGGCUCAUGGUGCCCCAGAAUGGGAGGCAGGGAAUGAAUCAUGGUCCCUAUUUUACUGACAAGAAAACUGAGACUCAGCUUAGGUAACUGACCCGCCAGGUAUGAGGUCAUGGACUGACCCAUGUGGUCAGUCCCAACCCCUGCGGUCUGACCGCAAACCUUUACCCUGAGGCCUGGCCAGAAGUCUUACAUCUGCAGAAUGUGGCUUCCUUUCAGACCAAGAGGCUCAGAAGUUUCCCACUUAGCAAACAAAGCCUAGACCUUUGAAUUCUUUCCUAUGGCCCAAAGUCAAGUCUUAAUCUCCUGCACUCACUUGUUUCAGGAGUCUCUUUUUUCCCUUCCCCCACAAAAAUCACAGGACUCUGCAUGGGUUCUUGAACCCCAUCCUUAACAGAACUAGCCCAUGAGAUAAGAAAGCCAUCGUGGUAGCAAGGUGAUUGCCUUAAAUUAUUAUUCUUCUCCCCAGUGGGAGACACCACCCCUGGAAUCCUACAUCAAGGUCACUUUUUGUCACCCAGAGCAGAUUUCCAGAGCACACAGCCCCGUAGCCCCCUGGGCUCUUGCCUCUUCCUCAGUCAUCUGCCCUGGGCCUUCACCACACAUCGCCCAGAGGAAAGUCCAGCCAACCUAUCCCAGUAAGAACCCUAUGUUUAUAUUAGAAAGAGUCUCCCUUGGGUCUUUCUGGUUUGAUUUGUGGAUUUCUCUUUGUAUCCUGCCCCUCCCCUACACACACCUUUCCCCAUGACUCACAAACCACAUCUCCCCUCCGAGGUGUGAGCACUAAGAUCUUUAUUAAUGCAAUCAGCCUGGGAAAAGGGGCUGUGAACUCCUCCACAAUGGCCGCAGCAGUAGGGUCCUUCUUGAUUCGCUUCACAUGACUCUGUAGUUCACAAGGCCUCAGGGUGGAAAGAGAAUGCAGUGGGUAUGGAAGAUAAUCUAUCUGAAAAAAAAUCAGUGAAGCAAAAGAAGGGGGGAAAUAUAUAUAUAUAUGUAUAUUCUUACACCCACUAAGAAAAAUAAUCAGGCUGAACAAAUUGGAAGCGUAAAGAAAAUUUGUCUUAUUUAGUACUAUGGUCCUGGGCCUAUUUCCCAUUCAAAGAAAAUGUUUGCUUUGAAAUUUAUAGCAACUGAGUUUCUCCCAUGAGCCCUUUAACCCAAAAAUCUGCUAAUUUGAUGAUGAUGUGCUUUUGGAAGCAGUAUUACCGCUCAGUCUGACAUACCCCAUCAUGCUCGCAUUACCCUUGGGCUUUCAGAAAUUCUAUUUGGCCUUACUGUAAGUGUCCUUCUCUUUCUGGAAAGCCCCAGUCACCUUUUUCCAAAAGCACACCCAUCUCUCCUGAUCCUUAUAUAACUUGUGCCAUAAGCAGCAGGGCAGAGGCCCAAAUUCCCGUGCCCACCAAUCAAAAGCAGACCAGAGAAGUCAAGCAUAUGGCUGGUUCCUAGCCAGCACUCACUCUCUCACUCUUUCAUCACUUGCCUUUGCUUCUCAUCCCAGGGGAGGGUAUCCUUUUUGCACCUGCUCUCUGAUCUUCCUGAACAAGCCAGUCCUUUGGAGGAUUCCUUGGAGGAGGCUGUCUUUACAUGCUGGAGGGCAGAGAAAGAUCAAUGGGUGGAAGAGCAGAAAGGCUGAUUUCAGCUUAAAUGAAGGGAAAACCUUCUAGCCAUUCAGGCUGCCCAACACAGCAGAGGUGUGGCUGCCAUAUGAGUGGGUUCACCAACCUAAAAGGGCUUUCUCCACCAACUGGGAGGUGAGCAUCCCAGGUUCUUCCAACUCAGGAUUCUCAUGACUGGCCUGGGGCUUUGUCUCUCUGACAUCUAACAGUGUCCCUAAGUCAUACCAACAGUGCUCUAAAGGAUCAGGGAUGCUCCCAUGAGAAUGGCCAUCCUGCCAGGUGUGGAAUUGGGUAGGAGCAAAUGAAUCAACCCCAGGUCUUCAGGGGAAAGAAGUACUGAAAGUGAGCGUCUUUUUUUCCUCUUGCAGCAGAUAGUUGAGCUAGUCUUGGAAUUCAUUUGUCUGAAAAGGUCAUGAGUUACUAGAUUCGUGGGUUUAUCAACUUGUUUUAAAAACUCAGUUUUUACUAAUUUCCUAGUUUCUUAUAUCAGCAUCUAAAUGCCUCCGUUCUUAGCACAACACACAUGAUAAUGUCCAGUAGCAUUUCCAGUGACAAUGCUCCUCUCUCCUUCCAGAGAUGCCUUUUUCCCAUUUUUUUGUCCCCCUUGUCUCACCCUCUCCUUCCCAUGACCCUCCAUCUCCCAUCUUCUCAGUCUGUUCCCAUAGCUGGCCGUGAUGCAGAAUUGAAAUUUACAUUUUAAUACUUUUUUCUGCAAACCAAAUUGCAUCAGUCCCUGCUCUGCAUUUUAAAAUUAGAUGAAUUUAAGUUCUGUGCUUUUCUCACCAAAAAAUCAAGAAAGCUCCAAACAGAAAUAGUUUGCUUUUUUGUGUGUGUGUGUGUGUACUAUCACAUAUUGGAAAAGGAAAGUGUGCCCCUUGCAAAGGGCAAAGGCUAUUCAGGGCAGCCCGUCCUUCCCAUUCUCACAUGGACUCUUGUUUCUCCCCUUAGAAAAGGAGCAAUAUAAGAAAUAUGGCACUGAAACAAAAAAGCUUGUAAACCCAGCCACCAGAUAGAGCUGGUUCAGUUCAUGAAGGGCAUGUUCACUGCCUGCUGCUUGCACGCUGGUGGGAACCCAGGUGAGCACCGCCAGUGUGACGGCAGCACUCACAACUGUCCCUGCCUGUCCCCAUGCCUUACUUCUCUGGCCCACGGCUAUUGGAGUAUUUAUCAUUUACUCACCCCCAAAGGGUUUAGCUUUCAUGAUUCCUUCCUUUAAAAAAGAAUAGCCUUCCAGAGGGAUGAAAACGAGGGACACUGUCUUCAUUUGUUGCUAUCAAGUUGUGUGGCAGAGAGAGAAACCCAGAUGUUACUAAUGCCUUUCUAAACCUGUGGCUGUCUUUUUCUAAUUUGAACAUCCAUUUUCUAAUAUCAAAGACACACAUGUAAGUGGUAGAAAGAAAUAUGAUUUCCCUUUUAAGGAAAGAUUGAAUCAUCAAACCUGAGGGAACCUCUGUCAGCCUGGCAGGUGGAGACCAACACUGCAUCCUUACCAUACGAAACAUUUUUAAUGUGACUUAGGUGGGAAACUAGACAACUUCCUAAUGAAAUUGGUGGAUGCCAAGAAGUUGGAGUGGUAACAGCUAAAUGACAAGUUCUACGGCCAAAAAUGUCUGAGAGACUAGAAUAAAACCUAGAUCUUCGAAAUUCACCAGGAAGCAACAUAAAGUCCCACCUUUGGAUUUCAAAACAAAACAAAACUAUAGAAGUACAAUGUGGGGAGCAGGUAAGAGUUUUAGUUGGCUGAGCUCAAUGCAGGUCAAGAAAGUGGGAUGAAACUACCCCCCCCAAAAAAAUACACACAAAAAAACCCCAAAACAAACAAAAAGCCACAGAGCAUUCAGGCAUAAGGAGAAAACAUUGGUGAACCCUAUUUGUGAUUGCCGUAAACUUUAAGAAGAAUGCUGAUAACAUAUAACAUUCAGAUGAGCAUGCCUGAUCCUGAGGAGGGGUGCAGACUGUGAGAAGCAGUGCAAGGACUUCAAGAGGAUGUUUAGGCUGGAGGAGAGGUUUGGGAAGCACCAGGAGAGCCAUCUUAGGAGGUGAACGCUGCAGGGAGGCAGAUUUUAGCUCUUGGAAGAGAACUUCCUUUCUAUGCAUGAGCACCUUUGGAAGGUAGAGGACCCCAUGGUAGGUACUGCUGACUGACCCACUCCUGGAGGUCUCAGCAGAGUCUUAAUGGCCAUCUGUCAUGGAUGCUGAAGGGGGUGGGGGGGGAUCCGAGCACCUAGCUGGGGCAACAGGACUUUUAAGAUUCCUUCCCGUCUGGACUUUGGUGACUCUGUAAGUAGAACAGCUGCAAGUGAUUCACCUGGUCUGGGAUGGCAAGUACACAGCACAUGUACUUCCUGUUGCUAUGACUACGCUCUAAACCCAGUGUUGCACUCCUCCCAAGAGCAGAAUGUGACCUCAUACCUCAGAGAAACACUAGCCAAUUGAUCAGAGCUGCCCUAUCUGGUCCUGCUUUGAGGAUGAGUAACCAAACGUCCUGAUGGCUAGUUCCCUGCCUGGGGUCACACACCUUGAUGGAGGCAGUGCCUCAACUAGACAAGGACCCUCUAAAUACCAUCUCUGUCUCAACUCACUUUGCUUUCCUGCAUCUUUUCUGGAGCACCAUCAUUCUCUCCACCCUGCACCACACUCCUGGUUCUUUCUCUCCAGUGGCUGGCAGUGGGAGACAACCAUCGUGCCAAGGAAAAGUGACCCCAUGGGGUGGGACCCUCCAGACGGCUUUCUCAGCGUCUUCCAGACGUUGAGCCCUUUGCCUCCGUGAGAGGAAAGCCGUUCUGUUACACAAACUUGAUUUCCAACUGCCUUGACCCCCAGAUCCCCACCAUUCAGUUUGACGGAAGGAUAUACUUUGUUAUAACUUAUUAUUUUGUUCUUUGUAAAUACAAGAUGUUUAUAGGAAAUGUGUAUUCUGAACUCAACCCGCGGAAUGAGUCACUACACCAAAAUAGUUCUAUUAUUUAGAAUAUGUUAAUUUUAAAGGGACCUAAUAGGUAUUUAUUUACAUAUUCGAUCCACAUUUGUGUAAAAUUAUUUGAUCCUACUAACCAGCUUCCCCAGAAAGUUGCUGCACAUGGCAUCUCAUUCUAAGUCCAUGGGUAUACUUAAGUAUACUGAUUAGCCAAGUUCCUUGGUUUUUAAGAUCAAAUAGAAAUGACUCUACUUUUCGACUCAUUCAGGGGCUUUUUACCCCUGGGAUUGUACCUGAAAACAGGUCUGUCUGGAUUGCCACCUUUCCACCUUAAAUAUCAUAUUUGCUCAUAUAAUCUGCCCUCUCCUCACCCUCAAAUAUUUGGAGAAGGAAAUACGGGGGUCUUUUUCAACCCUUCUCUUUGUCUUGCCUCAUUCAUCAGAGUCACCAGCAGUAAGUGGCUCGGGGGGCUAACUUGGAGUUGGGAAGGGGGCAGGGUCCCCUGGCAGGGGCAAGGAGGGGUAUACAGGAGUUGAGGCACUCACUGCUCUGACCACACCUCCAGGGUCCCCUCUGGUGACUGCUGAGGGGGGCUCUGGGUGGUCAACUCCACAGCCAGGAGCAUGGAACCCACAGAAUACUCCAUCAACCCCAUGUCACCCUUGGUGUCAAUUAUUGCUUAAAGAGGUGGAGGGUAGAAGGCAAAUUAUAUGAGUAAGUAGUCUGCUUUCUCUUCAGCAAAAAUGACAACUAUUUUUGUGUAUGACUAAUUUAUUUUUAUUAUUGUAAAAAUACAAUAAACUGGUGUUAAAAAUCA